AUGAAGAUCCUGCUCUUGGUCUUGGUUUGUCUGCACCUCUCAGAGGGUUUGCAAAGAAUAAUUCUGAAGAAAGGCAAGUCUAUUCGCGAGGCAAUGGAAGAACAUGGUGUCCUGGAGACAUUUCUAAGGAACAACCCCAAAACUGAUCCAGCUACCAAGUAUUUCAGUAAUGAUGCUGUUGCUUAUGAACCCAUCACCAACUACAUGGAUUCGUUCUACUUUGGAGAGAUCAGCAUUGGGACCCCACCCCAAAAUUUCCUGGUCCUUUUUGACACUGGUUCUUCCAAUUUGUGGGUGCCUUCUACCUACUGCCAAAGCCAGGCCUGCUCCAACCACAACAGGUUCAACCCUAGCCAGUCCUCCACCUUCAGAAACAAUGGACAAACCUAUACACUGUCCUAUGGGAGUGGCAGCCUGACUGUGGUCCUGGGAUAUGACACCGUGACAGUUCAGAACAUCGUCAUCAACAACCAAGAGUUUGGCUUGAGUGAGAAUGAACCCAGCAACCCCUUCUACUACUCAGACUUUGAUGGGAUCCUGGGCAUGGCCUACCCAAACAUGGCAGUGGGAAAUGCCCCAACAGUCAUGGAGGGAAUGCUGCAGCAGGGUCAGCUUACUCAACCCAUCUUUAGUUUCUACUUCUCACGUCAACCAACCCAUCAGUAUGGCGGGGAGCUCAUCCUUGGAGGUGUGGACACCCAACUUUAUUCUGGUCAGAUCACCUGGACCCCUGUCACCCAGGAAGUCUACUGGCAGAUUGCCAUCCAGGAGUUUGCCAUCGGUAAUCAGGCCACAGGCUUGUGCUCCCAGGGCUGCCAGGCCAUCGUGGAUACUGGAACCUUCCUGCUGGCUGUCCCCCAGCAGUACAUGAGUUCCUUCCUGCAGGCAACAGGAGCCCAGCAGGCUCAGAAUGGUGAUUUUGUGGUCAACUGCAACAAUGUACAGAGUAUGCCCACCAUCACCUUCGUCAUCGGCGGGUCCCAGUUCCCUCUGCCUCCCUCUGCCUAUGUCUUCAACAACAAUGGCUACUGCAGACUUGGAAUUGAAGCCACUUACCUGCCCUCUCCCAAUGGGCAGCCCCUGUGGAUUCUGGGAGAUGUCUUCCUCAAGGAAUAUUACUCUGUUUAUGACAUGGCCAACAACAGGGUGGGCUUUGCCUACUCUGCCUAG